AUGGAAAUUAAUGUGGAUUUCAAUUUGGAAGAUUUUGUAACUGCUGUUGAAGAGAAACCAGUUCUUUGCGACUAUAACUUCGAACAAUAUAGUGAUACAAUUGCUAAAGAAAUACAUGCGAAAGGCGCUGACUCCGCUCCCGGAGCAAUCAAGCUACCCGUUACGCGAAAUGGACUCGACAAAGCAGAUCAGUUGUCAUUGGAGGAUAGUCAGACUCUUAUGAAAAGAUAUCUUCAGUGUCCAGGAAUGUGUAGAGUCGAUGUACUUAAGAAAUUUGUCAGAAAUAAGUACAAUGUCGAUACCAGUCAGUUUUACAUUGAUAUCCUGUACAAGCGGGUGCCUUUGCCAGAUCAUUAUACCUUAAUAGAUAUAGCUUAUAUCUAUUCAUGGAAGAGAAAUGAACCGAUGAAGUUCUUUUUCCGUAUUACCGAGUUGAACAAAGUAUCUGAAAGAUUUGAUUACUUUGAUUCGAAAAAUGCGACCGAAUUAUUAGUCAAAGCUCCUGUAAAAGCAUCGAGAAACAACGGUGCAGCGGCUGCUAGAAGGAAGGUGCACAUCAUGAACAAGAAAAAUUCCAAAACCAACAAACAAGCCCAAGUAAAUGGUUGUGAUAAACUGAAAAGUGAAAAAUGUGAAAAAAUCUCAAAAACUUUGAAAGAUAAUAAAACGGGUAGUGAUAACUCUGGAACGUGUGCUAAACCUGUGGAAUGUGAUAUUAUUAGUGAACAAAAAACCGAUGAACAAAAACUGAAUAAUGAUAAAGAAAAUGUAAAAGUUGAAGUAAAGGAAGUAGAGAAAGAAAGUGAACAUCGCACGGAUACUACAGAAGAAAAUCCGAAACGAUUUAUUUUAAAAAUAAAGAAGGAUCCCGAAAAAGCUAACACUUUAAAGACUGAGGAUAAUUGUGCUACGUUCAAACUAAGUGUUACCAGCCCAGCAGACUUUAAAGAUAGUAAAAAUCAUUCAACAAGUAAUAUAGUGAAACCUGCAGAAGUCUCCGGGCAUUUAAAAAAUAACGUUCAAAACCAACAAAAAGAUAUCAAAAAUUCUGUGUAUACGAACAUUACGCUUAAUCGGACAAACAAUGUCGAAAUUAUCACACAAGUUCAAAAAGUGACAAACAAAGAAGGUCAAUCAGUUGGCUUUAAUAUAAUAAAACAAACUAUUAAACCGAAUGAACCAAAGCAAAAGAGAAAAUCGGAAGGUGAGAGGUCACCUAUCAAAACAAAAACUAAAGCAGCUAAUGCCCAAAGCAGCGAAUCGGAAAUUUUGUCAAAAAAGAUUUGUGAAAAAAACGAAUCUGUUAUGGUGGAGGCGAAACAAAGUAUAAAAGAAGUACAACCAGAACAUUCUAGUAAUAAACAUGAUGAUAAAGCUAAAUUUUUUGAAGCCAUACAGCUCAUUGCUACGAAUUCUCCUGAAACUGAGGCAAGGAAUACUAUUAAAGAAGAAUCUCCAAAACGGAAAACAAUUAGUCCUAUAAAAAAAGAAUCUCCUAAAAAAACUAAAUUAGAAAAGAAGCCUGUCACACGGAUUAUACUACAAACUAAACCAAAACCAUCACCAAUUUCGAAACCACCCGCAAUCUCCAAACCAUCCGAGAAAUUAUCAACGCCAGGUCUUCAGUCGUUAAUAGAAAAUUGUAAAAUACCCUCCUCAUUAUCAAUAACAUUAAAAGACAGCACUGAAAAUAGCAAACCUACCACUCUGCUUCCUCCUGUAAAUAAUUAUAUUGAAAUUUUAAAAUUACCCGAUGAAAAUAAAUCAUCAAAUUCUGAUAAAGAUGGUAACAAGAGCAGUAAACUCAGUUUUAGCUUCUGUUUGAAUGACGAUAGUGAACAAAAGGUAGACGAAGAUUUAGCAGAGAUAGCAAAAAGUCUUACCGAAAAAAUUCCUAUGUCCACCACCAUCUCCCAAAUAAUCGGACCUAAACCAGAUUUUCCGAUUCCCAUUAAAACUAACGUACCGCUUAAAUACAAUAUUCAGCCAUCUUCCGUACCUGAAAUUACGAACAAGCUUCUUAAUGUGCCAAAAGAUAAUAAACUUAAUCCAAGAUCCCCCCAGUCAUUCCAGAAGAUAUUCGAAGAAUCCAUUAAAAAACCUGAUACUACAAGUGCGAUUCCUGAAAAAGCUGUGCAAAAAUCUUUAAUAGACUCAACUAACGAAGUGUCUAGCACUUCUAGCAGCAAGCGAAACGUUUCGGACAUCGCCUCACAGUUGCACAAAAAGAUCAAGCUGGAACACGAAAAGAAUCAAAUAGAUUCUACGACUCCUAAACCAUUACCCAAAGUAGCUAUUCCCCGAUUGCCUAAUAAUAAGCUGCCGCAGCAAACAUUAACUAAUAUGCAUUCGAACGCUUUGGGACUUAAUUACACUAUUUCAGUAGGAUCUAAUGUAGGCCCCAAAACGAAUGGUAUUACAUCAAAAAAAGAUGUAGAUAUUCCCAUUAAAUCUGCAAUAGUCGACUUUAAACCUACUUCUUAUCCUUCCCCGCCGGAACUAUCCCCUAAACCGACUGCUAUUCCUAGAAAUCUUUCGCCAUGUUUAGGUUUUAGUUCACCCAGAAACUCUCCUAAACAUUCACCAAAAUCGUCUCCCAUGGUUAAACAUAUGUACGCACCCCUACCGAGUUUAAUGAUGGACCAACUGAGAGUGAAUACUUAUUCACCAAAAUUACCCUCACCGAGUACUUACAGUAAAAAUGUAUCUCCUAAUUUGCCUAGUUCUUCAACGAGUUCUCAAAGUCCUAACAGUUCAAGCGUGUCACCGAAAGCACCUCCUGUUACUUCCAGUCUUACAAUCAGCACAUCUCAGGUUACAGUUCCUUCAAAAAUUAGUCCAAAACCUAGUUCUAGUUCUAGUAGUCAAAGUUCCCCUCUUAGCCCUAAUCAGAUAUUGGAAAAGUACAAUAUCCAGAAUUUGGCUCAACUCACUGCUAGUUUAAAUUUUAAACCAGCCAAUUUCAACAUGAAUCCCAGCAAUCAGUUGGCAGCUAUCCAACACGCAAUGCUAUUAAAACAUUUCGAAAUGCAAAAUAGACAGAAUUGGUUAAAUAUGAGCCAGGGCUCUGCGCACCAAUAUGAAAAAUAUUUGCAAAGUCUGCAGAAUAUGAAAACCUCCCAAAGCCAACUUCUUAGUAAUAUAAAAGAAAAUUAA